AUGCAGCAGGUAGCGUUGCGCGCUAGGACCUGGGCGGAAUCCGUGUCCGCCCGCAAGCUGGACUACCUUAAACCCAGCCCAAUGCCUCUUCCUGCGCCACUUUUCCCUGCGCGCUUGGAUGGAAGAGGCACAGUCGAGAGCCGCAGCUCGGCACUGGAGGACAGCGGCAGCGGCGGCGGCGCGGCACCGGGAGCCCUGCGGAAGCGGCACCUGUUCCCAGGCGAGGCAGCCGAGAGAGAGCAGCCGUGGGACGCGUUGUUCGGCGCGGAUCGCCAGCCCGGCUGA